AUGGACCUUAGGCCCAGGCAGAGGCAAACAUUUUCCGGCUUCACCAGCGGCGAGGUGCAGAGAAUGCAGCACUCGCUUACUGAAUUUAAAGAACGAGCUCUGGACGGCGAUUACUGUAAAAAAUUGGCAGGAAUUUUCAAUCGUUCAAGUGGUCGUGCAGGAAAACCUGCGAUAAGUUGGACUGAGAUUCGGACUUGGUUCCAGAAGAAUCAAAUAGGACUUUUUACAGACACGUCAUGCAAUGCAGAUACCACGCCAGCUGUUCCACCUAAAGCGCUCACUCAGUCUACAGAAACUGGGAAUCUGAAAUUGCUCGAAGCUGAGAUUGAUGAAGAUACAUCCGAGUUGGAAUUUGAGGCACUUUCGAAGGAUAAGGCAUGGUAUGAUGUCGAUACAUUUCUUUCCCACAGAUAUGUUGCUUCCGGCGAACUUGAAGUUCAUGUAAAAUAUGUUGGAUUUGGAGCAGAGGAAGCUGAAUGGGUGAAUGCUAAAGAUUCUGUGAGACUCCGGUCUGUUGCAUUGGACUCUUCAGAGUGCUAUAAAGUGGAGGCUGGGGAUCAUGUAGUAUGCUUCAAGGAGACAGAAGAUAAAGCGGGAUAUUAUGAUGCUAUUGUCAUAGAUGUGGAGAGGAGGUUGCACGAUAUCAGAGGCUGCAGAUGCCUUUUCUCCAUUAGAUACGACCAUGAUAACACAGAGGAAAAAGUCCGUUUGAGGAGAUUAUGCUGCCGUCCAGAAAUGCUUGGGGAUGAGGAGGAUGAGGAGGAAUGA